AUGAGUCGCCAUAAGUACAUAGACUACAUACGAGAAAAGUUUGCAAAAAUAGAGAAUAAUAUUGCUGAAAUGGACAAUCGUUGCAAUACGUACGAAAGAAAAGUAGAAGAGAACCGAAUCACGGAAGAAAGAGACGCCGAACACAUGAAGAAAAGCAUAAUGGAUCAGGAAUGGAGAGAUGACACGUUUCGAAUGAGUUUGAAGAAAUUGGAGAACCGGUUGAAAAACGAGACUGAAAAAAUAGAAUCGGAGAAAAGCGAGCAGCAAGCAAUGAUGAACUCAGUUAAUGCUGAACUUCGAUCAAUUCGUGAAGAUUUCUCUAGUUUUAAAAACUUGUUUUAUGAAAGUUAUAUGAUGAAUCUCGAAAAAAUCGAUGAAAACGUUUAUGAGAAGUUUCGAUGUCUGGAAACCAGUGUUGAGGAACUCAGAAUCAAAAGUCGGAACGAUUACAGCAAUGUUUCUUUAGAGAAUAAUUCCGUCGACUACUACUAUUUCGAUAACGAGAUGAAAGCUAUAUCUGAAUGGAUUACGAACCAAGAGUUGAGAGGCGAAGAAGUUCGAGAAGAACUCGAAGAAUUAAGAUUGGAAAUCGAAAAUUACAAAGAAGAUAUGAUUUCAAUUAAAUACGAACAACGAUCAGAAUCGCGAAAUCUUAAUUCUGAAAUUGAAGCGAUCUGUGAUACCGUAGCAGAUAUACAUAACCAGAAUGAAAGCGAUAUGACUGUUCAAGAGAAGUUCAAUGAAGAUGUGAAAAGUGAUCUCAAUAAAAUCGGUGAUUUCAUUAAGCAGAUGAAUAAGAAACAGCAGGCAUUUGAGAAAUCUGUCAACUUGAACGGAUGUUCUGGAUGCUCAGAAAUUGAAGAAAUGAGAGAGUGUUUGAUGAGACAAAUGACUGAUAACCAGGAAAUGAAUCGAGCGAUCGACGAACUUCGAAAUGAAAUGAGAAGUCAACAAGAGCUGGCCGAAGCAGUGAAAAUAAAACAAGAGCUGUUCAAUCAAUCGGUACCGCUGGAAGUGAGAUCUCUUCGAAAAGAAGUCGAAGAAAGCCGGAGAAUCGGAAACCAUGCAGUUGCAGAACUUUUUGCGAUUCGUUUGGAAAUAGACGAAUUGAAACAGAAACACGAGAAAGAAAUUGAAAAACUGGAAUCCGAAAAUGUUCAACAACAAUAUCUCAUCGAUUCGCUUCGUUCGGAAGUUAAAGUUCUAAAUGACAACUAUUCGCAAUUCGACGAAAAAAUUCGUGAUGAGUUUCACUAUCUUCAUUGCGAUUUGAAAACACUUAGCAGUACAUGUGACCAGGGACACAAAGAGAGCUCUUUCGUCGAUGAAAACUCGAAUUUGUCGAAAGAAAAGAUCACUCUUAAAAACACGUCAUCUAAAAUAGAGAGUACGAUUGAUGAUCUUCGCAAUGAAAUCGAAGAGAUUUUUGAAAAGUUGCAGACUAUUAAUCAAGAGGUCGAAUCGAUUCAAAACUUUCAAAAGGGAAAAUUCAACGGACUAGCGGUUGUCAUCAACGAUAUCUUGGAGAAGAUUCAACACGAUUCUUUCGAAAAUAUUCAAAUGUUUGAAUUCGAAAAUAAUAAUCGGCCAAUUCAGGAGGAAAUCAUAGGAGAAUGGAGACUUUCCGGAUCAAAAAAUGUGGAUGAAUUCGUCGAAAGAAACCAGGCAUACCCACAUGAAGUAUAUAAAGAAAAUGCGAAAUUCGCUGUUGAUGGAGACUGGUUCAGAUCUUAUUUCUACAAUGGAAAAGAGUUUGUUCGAAUGAAACGGAAGAGACUCGGCAUUCUGGAAAGCAAUAGAAACUUUUGUUUCAUUGAGAAUAAUCAUAUUAAAUCGGUCGAAUUUCAUGGACUUGACAAUAAAGUCACUGAAAAUGCGGAGAGAUGUUCGAGAUACAUGGUGAAUGAUCAGCUUGUUGUCGUUAACAGAAUGGGAGGAGUCGUCUGUAAACGCGUUUAUGACAAAAUCAAAUGA